GUUGAAAUACCCUUGUCUUCCGUGAACGAUUGGAAAAUACACUCUGUUGUGAAGUAACUUCUGCUUUUGUUGUGUAAAUCGCAUCAGAAGCUUUUUGGUUUAUUUUAACUGGUUUAAUUAGUUAAAGUAGUGUCUAUUUUUGUGCACUUUUGUGACUUUUUGUGUUUUUAUAUCUCUGUAUUUAGGUAAAUAUAUAUAUAUAUGUAUACAUAUUUGUGUGUAACUUAAGCAGCUUAUACUAGCAUGAAUCCCACAAAUAGUUGUGGACGACCGGACUGCCACUUUCCGGUGGAGGAUGGGAUGCAGUGUGAUAACUGCAACCUAUGGUUCCAUAAAGUUUGCACUGGCUUUUGUAAUAUUAGUGAACUCUAACAUAAGUCCCCUACAAAUUAAUUAAUUUAUUUUUUAUUUAUUUUUUUAUUUAUUUUGAUUCACAGCUUGAUUCCACACCGUACUUUCAGUACAAGUGUGGAAUUUUCAGCAUUGGUUAGCCCGACGUGAUUUUCUUAUAAGCGGUGUGUUCCGCACAUUUACCAGUUUGCGUGUUGUUUGUGAAUCCCCAGGGACUUAACUCACUACUCUUUCGGAUUGUCUCAUGGAAUUAUACUCCCAGCUUAACCGUGCUCAGCUUAGUUACGACUAUCUCCACACCAACUCGACGACCCAUGAGUUUCUUUUUGGUGCAAUCGCGGAACUUAUUGAUAAUGCUCGUGAUGCUGGUGCGACAGAGCUGGACAUAUAUACAAUUAAGGACAGUUCCGUACGUGGGAAUUUCCUACUCUGUUUUGCAGACAAUGGUUGCGGCAUGACAACAGAUGAGGUCAAAAAUGUCAUAAUAUUCGGGAAGUCACUAAAGAAGUGUGAGGACAGUGCCGCCAUAGGUAUGUAUGGGAAUGGCUUAAAAUCUGGUUCUAUGCGAAUUGGAAAGGACUUGAUUUUGUUCACCAAAAAGGAUGGCAUAUACACAUGUUUAUUUCUCUCAAGGACUUUCCACGAAGAGGAGAAACUUGAUGAGGUAGUUGUUCCUAUGCCCUCGUUUAAAGGCACAGAGAAAACUCCUAUUGCGGACACUCCUGAAGAGAGGAAGAAACAUGAACUCGAAAUGUUUAUAAUUCUGAAGUAUUCGCCAUUCCGCUGCACGAAGGAUUUCUUCGCACAAUUUGAUAAACUUAAAGAGAAUUCAGGGACCGUAGUGAUUAUAUACAAUAUGAAGCUUCUCGACCAUGGAGGACCUGAGUUGGAUGUAACUACAAAUACCAGAGAUAUACUUCUUAGCCCUGGUUCAGAACAAGAAGAGACCGUUGAACGGGAUGCAGAAGUUAUGCUCCCACCUGAAAGACGCAGUCUUCGGGCGUAUGUAUCAAUUCUCUAUUCUGACCCUCGUAUGAAGGUGUAUUUACAAGGUCGGAAAGUACAAACCAAAAGACUACUUGCAACGCUACAUAGUGCUCGAAAAUACAAUUUUGCUAGUAAAACUUUUCGUACCAGAGCUGAAGCAGAUUUAGCAAAAGCUAAAAAUGAUGUGAGAAUAGCUGAGCUUCGUGCUCAAGAGGCAGAAAGCAAGGCUCGGGAUUGUGAACUUCGCUACCAAGGCUCUGAAGACCCUGAACAUUUGCGUCGAAUACGUCGUCUUAAAAAUGCUGCUGCCGAGCUACGUUCAGCUGUGGAAAUGAAACAGAAUAUUGUUGCAAGAAAAUCAAAAUCAAUCAAGGAUCCUAAGACGCUUACAUUUUAUUUCGGUGUAAAUGUUAUGAAUCGUGCUUGUGAUGGUAUGUUUGUUUAUAAUUGUUCCCGUUUAAUCAAAAUGUACCAACGGAUUGGGCCACAACAAGAUUCUAGCAUGAUGUGCCGUGGUGUCGUUGGCAUUGUUGAUGUCCCCUAUAUGGUCCUUGAGCCCACACAUAAUAAACAAGAUUUUGCAGAUGCUAAAGAAUAUCGUCAAUUAAUGCGUGCAAUGGCAGAUCAUUUAAUGCAGUAUUGGGAUGAUCUUGGAAUCGAUAAAGAAUCAGAUAGUUUAAUACGAUUUUGGAAAAGUUUUGGUUAUUUGUCAGCACGUUGGCGGGAUCCACCUAGUAUAGAGGAUAAAUAUGCCUGUCGUCGUUGUUGUUCCGUUUCUAUAUGUGUCCAGUGUGAUAAAUGUCUAAAAUGGAGAAUACUUCCGUUCUCACAAAGUCUUGUCGGACGAGAUGUCCCAGAUAAUUGGCAAUGUCGAGAUAAUACGGAUCAUAAGCAUAAAAAAUGUGAAGAUCCCGAAGAAGAUAUGAGUCCACCAAUGGGAGUUCUUAAGCGAAAAAUUAAAACGAAAGAACAAAGACAAGCAGAACUUGAAAAACAAAUCCGCAAAAAACAAGAGGAACUUGAAUUAAUUCAAGAUCCUGAUGAUGAAAAAACUGAUGAUUCCAGUGCCACUUCUAACCGUAGUAGUCGGUUAAGUGGAUCUGCCAAUGGCAAAUCUCCACGUAAACGGCCUUCUCAACCACCUCCACCUACUGCAGAUCCUCCGAACAAAAAAUCUACUCAUGCUCCUCCGCCGCCGCCGCCUCCUCGUGCUAUGACAGUUGCUGAUAAGAAACGUCAAGCUGCUGGAUUAGCAUCAUCCAAUGGUCCUUCAUCUUCAACAGUUGAAAAGCGUACUGGUUUACCGUUACCAACAAUUAAUCAACGCCAACCACGUCCUGGUGGAUUAGUCCCUAAAAUCCCACAGCGUAAUUCAAUUGCUCCUAAAGUACGCAGAGUUACAACAGCUGAAGAUGAAAGCAGCAAUGAAGAGACUAGUGAUGAAGAAGAAGACGAGGAGGAGGAGAAGGAGAAAGAGAAAGAAGUUACUAAGCAGACAACUCCGAAAACUAAUCGUAACAAACUAAGUACUCCUCCAUCAAAAGUGAAUAAUCCUGUUGUUGCUGCAGCGAGUAGUUCAACAGUACCGAGUACUUCUCAAUCCCAAGAGAGAAAUACGUCGAGAAGCACUGAUGAAGUAAAUGGAAAGAAGGCUAGUAAAAGGGAAAAGAGUCCUGUACAAGAUGUAAUUACAGUGCAUCAUCGAAACAGAAAUUCAACGGAUCGUGAUAAUAAUGGUGAAGUAGCAUCGAUUCCAAUGAAAAAAGAUCCGCUGGUAAAUGAGAAUUCAGUUGGAGAUAAAACAACAGAGGUGAAUUCCUCUUCAACUGUAGUAACCUCUUUUCCCUCAGAAACGAAUAUUGCAAUGAAUAGAAAAAUCCAAGAGAAAUUCAAGGUUUGUUUACGAUAUUUCUUACCGCCGUCAUGGUCAGUGGAAAAGGAUAGAAUUCAUACACUUACAGAAUCAGAUCUUGCAAGCUUCCCUUUAGAAGAUUUCUUUGAUAGAUAUGAACAAGGUCUUCGAAAACUGUUAACCUCCUUCCGAAAGGAAACCGCAGUAGUCACAGAUCAACUGACAGAAUUACGGUCCAAUGUUUGUGAAUUUCUGAAGAAAUACGAUCCAGACUUCAAAGAACCCUUGAAUAAUAUCGAAGAAGUGGAUAAUUAUCUGAAAAAUUUCCUUGCAAAAAGUUGAAUUCCUCCGCUCACCAUAAAAAAAAACAUCUAGACCAAUCAUUGGUUGGUGGUUGAAUUAAUCUACUCCCUGUGCAAACGGAGUUUCUCCUCUCCUCUCCUCUACUCAUGCGCGCAGCUGUUAUAUAUAUACAUAUAUUAUAUACAUAUAUAUAGUAAUUAUUAUUAUUAUUGUUAUUAUGUUUGCCUGUUUUAUGGUUGGUGUCUCACCGAAUCUCUUUUGACUCUUCUCUUUUUGUGCAUAUUAAUGUAUUCCUUCAAGAACUGUCUGUCUAUAAAUCUACGUGUUGUUACUCUCUAUAUGUAUAUAUAUAUAUAUAUA